AGCUGGUGAAUUGACUAACGAGGAAUUAGAACGUAUAGUCACAAUUAUACAAAAUCCUGUACAAUAUAAAAUUCCAAAUUGGUUCUUGAAUCGACAAAAAGAUAUUUUUGAUGGCAAAUACUCGCAAAUUCUUGCAAAUGGUCUUGAAAGCAAACUCCGUGAAGAUUUGGAACGUCUAAAAAAGAUUCGUGCACAUCGUGGUCUGCGUCAUUAUUGGGGUCUCCGUGUGCGUGGUCAACAUACAAAGACUACUGGUCGACGUGGUCGAACUGUUGGUGUGUCGAAAAAGAAGGAGUAG